AAAAACCAGACGCAGCAGCGCAGCGGCGAUUGCGGAAAGCUAAAAGAGAAGUUCCUCAGUCCAGUGCGAUUGUAGACAUCGGUAGUGAAGAUUUAAGAUGCAAUCGCAUUGGCUCUCCUGGCUCUGGGUUCUCCUACUCUGCUAUCAAGUGACGGCAAAUCCUGUUCCCAGGAAUCCCAAGGUGGCCACCGAGUUCAUUAUCCUUCACAACAAUGACAUGCACGCGAGAUUCGAGCAAACCAGUGUAAACAGUGGCAUUUGUUCACCCGAGGAUGCCCACACAAAUAAUUGCUAUGGAGGAUUCGCCAGAGUGGCCUAUGAGGUUCGUAAAUACCGCAAGGAAGCUAAGGAGGGCGGUACAUCCGUACUAUAUCUCAACGCUGGAGAUACCUAUACGGGAACUGCCUGGUUUACCAUUUUCAAGGAUAAAAUUGCCAGUGCCUUCCUCAACAAGCUGGAGCCAGAUGCUAUAUCUUUAGGAAACCACGAAUUCGAUGAGAGGGUAGAGGGUCUAAUACCCUUCCUUAAUGAGGUCAACUUUCCAGUAUUGGCCUGUAAUCUGGAUCUGAGCAAAGUGCCCGAACUCAAGGCCACAAAGCACUUGGCCCACUCUGCCAUCCUGGAGGCUAAUGGCACCAAGAUCGGUGUGAUUGGCUACCUCACUCCCGACACCAAGAAACUUACUCUCCAUAUGGAUGUGGACUUUAACGAGGAAGUGGAGUCUAUCAAUAUUGAAGCUAAAAAACUGAAAGCUCAGGGCAUUAAAAUUAUUAUAGCAUUGGGUCACUCCGGCUAUGCCAAAGAUCAGGAGAUAGCUGAGAAGUGUCCGGAUGUGGACAUUGUGAUUGGUGGCCACACCAACACUUUCCUGUUCUCCGGUCCCCAGCCAGAUGUGGAUCACAUUGAUGGUCCUUAUCCCACAAUAAUUAAGCAAAAGAGCGGAAAGGAGGUGCCCGUGGUGCAAGCCUAUGCCUAUACCAAGUAUCUAGGAAAGCUCCAUGUUCAGUUUGACGCUGAAGGCAACCUGAUUGAAUGGGAUGGUUCUCCUAUUCUUCUAAAUGCCUCAGUGGCUCAGGAGAAGGAUCUGCUAGAGUUGCUUGAGUUCUAUCGUCCCAAUGUCACUGCCUUGGAGAAGGACAUCAGAGGAUACACCAAGGUGAGCUUGGAGGGACGCAAACAGAUAUGCCGGGCUAUGGAGUGCAACUUGGGGAAUCUGGUGGCCGAUGCCAUGGUAUUCAACCGAAUGGUGGAAGAUCAGGGCGGCGAUUUCUGGACAGAUGCUGCGAUUGCUUUCAUGCAGGGAGGAGGUAUUCGCAGCUCCAUUGAAAAACGAUCUGAUGGGUCCAUAACCGACAACGAUAUUCUCUCCGUUCUGCCCUGGGGAAACAAGCUCUUCAUGACUCCCAUGACGGGAAAAUCGAUUCGAAGGGCUCUAGAGCAUGGAGCUAGUUUGAUGGGCAAGGAUUCGGAUGGUGGUUUCCUUCAAGUCUCCGGAAUUCAUGUGGUUAUUGAUGCCAGAAAACCGGAGGGACAGCGAGUUGUUUCCGUCCAGGUGCGAUGUGCGGCCUGUAGUAUCCCGUCCUAUAGCGACCUCAACGAUACUGUCAGCUACAAUGUGAUUGUGGGCGAGUUCCUCUUGGACGGCGGAGAUGGUCACAUAAUCAAGGAUGGAGUUCAUCAGGCAGUUCGGCUGCCACGAAAUGACAAGGAAGCAGUUUCAUUUUAUCUCCAGGAACAGAAGUACGUUUAUCCAGAGGUGGAGGGUCGCAUCGUUGUGUUGAGUUCACCUUCGAGCGGACAUGGAAUCUUUGGUUCGGUUGUCCUUCUAUUCAUUUCGUCAUUUAUCUUGCGAUUGUUUAUUUAAGAUUGCCAAUUUAAACCUAAGUUAGGUUUGAAUAUUUGCCUUAAACCAGAUCAGCAUUCAAAGAAGUAAUUUUCCACCAAAAACAUAUUCUAGAAAAUAAUGAAAUUCGUUAAUUAAUAUAAAUUAUUUUUGUGGAACUUUAAAGUUCAAAUAAAAUUCAAAGUGCCACACGGAAA